UACUCCUUGGAGCUGUACAGCAGACACAUUUAAAAGGUUUCUUCUCUAGUCGUAAAAUUCAAAGUUUAAGAGAAUGUUCUGGUUGUGCGGGGGGAUCACCUUUAUUCUUUUAUGUCAUGGAGCUGCUCUUCCUCCACCUUGCGAUAGUGAGAUCUACUGCACAGGGGAGCUGUUAAGACAGGUACAGAUGGCCAAAUUAUUUGAUGACAACAAGGUCUUUGUGGAUAUGAAAUUGAUUGCAAAACCUGAUACUGUUUUAGAUGCCUUCUCCAAACUAACAGAAAGGUUUCCGAAUGGGACUGUACCUCUUAUAGACAUACAAAAAUUUGUAAAUACAUAUUUUGUGAAUAGUGGGAAAGAGUUUGAGCCAUGGAGUCCCCCAGACUGGCAUGACAAGCCAAAACUGCUGGCCAAGAUAUCUGACCCAAAACUUCGUAUUUGGGCUGAGAAGUUGCAUGGUUUGUGGAAAUCACUUGGUCGAAAGGUUACAAAUGAUGUGAAAGAUAAUCCUCAAAUGUAUUCUAUGAUAUACUGCCCAUAUCCUGGCAUUGUACCAGGCGGGCGCUUCACUGAGUUUUACUACUGGGAUUCCUACUGGGUGAUAAAUGGUCUCAUAUUAUCUGAAAUGAUGGAAACAGCAAAAGGAAUGAUCCAAAACUUCCUACAUAUGGUGGAGAGGUAUGGUUUUGUACCAAAUGGAGGGAGAAUUUACUAUGAGCGACGCAGUCAACCACCCUUCCUACCUCUAAUGGUUGAGAGUUACUACCAGGCCACUAAGGAUGUAGAAUUUCUCAGGAAGGCUUUACCAUUGUUGGAAAAUGAAUACAGAUUUUGGAUGGAGAACCGCUCCAUUGAUGUGGAAGUGAAUAGUGUCAAGCAUGUCAUGAAUCGUUAUUAUGUACAAGUUGGCCAGCCCAGGCCAGAAUCUUAUACACAUGAUGCCGAGCUGGCGGAGGGCUUACCUGCUGAGGCUCAGGAGAAGCUGUGGACAGAACUGAAAGCAGCAGCUGAGUCUGGUUGGGAUUUUUCCUCACGCUGGUACAUUAACAACUUGGGCAAAAACAGUGGCUCAUUUAGGGACACUAGGACAAGCUACAUUGUGCCUGUUGACCUCAAUGCCCUUAUAUGUCGUAAUGAGCAUGUCCUGGCUAACUUCCACAGAAUUCUGGGUGAUGAGGAAAGGGCACUUGUAUAUGACAAUGCAGUCUCUGCCAGGCUGAAGGCUAUAGAGAGUGUUUUAUGGGAUUCAAAGAAGGGAGCAUGGUUUGAUUAUAACUUGUUGAAUAGGACCAGGAAUUAUGCUUUCUAUCCCACCAACCUCAGUCCUCUGUGGGCACGAUGUUUUUCUCAGCCUGAGAUGGGGGAUCAGGCUGUACAGUAUCUCAGAGGGAGUGGUGGCCUGAACUAUGCCAAUGGUGUUCCCACUUCUCUGAGUCAGAGUGGCCAGCAAUGGGACAUGCCUAAUGCCUGGCCUCCACUUCAGCACAUGCUCAUAGAAGGUCUGUCACAGCUUGAUUCAGUAGAUUCCAAAGAUCUUGCCUCUGAUUUGGCUCAAAAGUGGAUUCAGACAAAUUGGCUCGCUUAUGAUAAAUAUGAUGCCAUGUUUGAAAAGUAUGAUGUCAGUGGAGAUGGGAAACCCGGAGGAGGUGGUGAAUAUAAAGUUCAGCUGGGGUUUGGCUGGACCAAUGGUGUUGCUCUACAGCUGCUGGACCAGUAUGGGAAUAAACUGAGAUCUGGAGCAGUGGUUUUAGGUCCCGGGCUUCCGAUUGGACUAAUUUACUCACUUGUUAUUGCCAUAUUUUUCCAUGUUUCAUUUUGCUAGUAAUUUUUUUUAAGGCUUCUUGGAUAUUAGGAUAUUCUAUUGAAGUCAAUAUGCUUGAUUAUUCUGGAUUUCCUGAAUAGUCAUUGCAAAAGCUUAAAAAGAUUAUACCAUUAACCUAAAAACAGCUAUCAAUAGACAUUUAAUCAGACAAUUGGCAUUUGUAAUCAUAAUAAAUUAAACUUAUUGUAGAUUUUAUAGUUCAUUUGUAUAGACCAUUAUUGUGACUGGUCAAUGGUCACAUCCAAUAAAGGUAUUGCAGAAGAAGAUGCCAUUGUAUAUUUCUAGACAACAUUUAGUAAUUGUAGAGUUAUUUGACCAAAUAUUUCCAAAUGUUUUAAUAACAUUAUCAAUUAAAGCAUUCAACAAAGGAAGAAACUA